UUCCUGGAAGUCGCGUGGCCAGAGCCGGGGUCCUGGGGGCCAGGCACUGCUGCUAUGGACAUCCCGCCGCUGGCGGGCAAGAUCGCGGCUCUGUCGCUUGGCGUCGUUCCUGUGUCCUACGUGCUCAACCACGUCUCGGAGCUCUCUCAACCCCUUGGGGUGACCUUGAUGAGCGCCCUGAUCCUGGGCCUGCUCUUUGUGACUAUCUAUAGCUUGUCCCGCAGGGAGAUCUGCUACGACCCACUCUAUGCUGUGUUUGCAGCCUUUGCCUUCACCUCGGUGGUGGACCUCCUUAUCGCUCUCCAGGAGGAUGGCUACAUGGCGGGCUUCAUGGAGUUCUACACCAAGGAAGGUGAGCCAUACCUGCGUACUGCUCAUGGAGUCUUCAUCUGCUACUGGGAUGGCAUCGUUCACUACCUCCUUUACCUGGCCAUGGCCGGUUCCAUCUGCAGAAGGAAAAGGUAUCGGAACCUUGGACUGUACUGGCUGGGGUCCUUCGUCAUGAGCCUCCUGGUGUUUCUCCCCGGAAACAUUCUUGGGAAAUACAGCUUCGAGUUCAAGCCUACCUUCUUCCUCACCCUCCCAUACGUGCUGGUCCCAUGCUGGGUUGGUGUGAAGAUCUUCAGCCAGUCCCGGUCACCAACCUGCUGCACCCCCAACAUGGUGCAAGAGGAGCAAAGAAAAGGCCUUUUGCAGCGCCCGGCUGACCUGGCCCUCGUCAUAUACCUCAUCCUUGCUGGGUCCUUCACCCUCUUCCGGGGCCUUGUGGUGCUUGACUGCCCCACAGACGCCUGCUUUGUGUACAUCUAUCAGUAUGAACCAUACCUGCAGGACCCUGUGGCCUAUCCAAAGGUGCAGAUGCUGGUGUACAUGUUCUAUGCAUUGCCCUUCUAUGGCCUGGCUGCCUAUGCCCUUAUCUUUCCUGGCUGUUCCUGGCUGCCUGACUGGGCCUUGGUGUUUGCUGGAGCCAUUGGCCAGGCGCAGUUCUCGCACAUGGGUGCCUCCAUGCACCUGCGCACACCCUUUACCUAUCGCGUGCCAGAGGACACCUGGGCCUGCUUCUUCUUGUGCAACCUGCUGUAUGCGCUGGGCCCCCACCUGCUGGCCUACCGUUGCCUGCAGUGGCCGGCUUUCUUCCUGAACCUGCCCUCUGGCUCCCAGGCUCUCCACAAGAAGCAGCUCUGAGGGGACCAUGGGGUUCCCCAGGACUCCAUUAAUACACCCAGCCAGCCCUGUCCUUAGAAGGGUAGGUUGGGUUUUUUAGAGGCAGGAGCUGUCUUUGUUCCUGGCUAUGGUGGUUUCAAGGCUGGCUGAUGGGAUGGAAGACCCAAGGCCAGGUGUUCAGGCGGAGAGGACCACAGCCGUGCUAAGCUGGCACUGCUCCCAAACAUCUACGGCUUUUCCUACUCCCUUGCAGAGUUUACCCAUUACCCCCAUGGAUCCCUUUAUUAAAAGCUCU